ACUGCUGCGAUCGUGCCGGUUCAAUGCAGGUCCUAUAAUUCAGUGCGCUAGGGUCUGCAAAAUGUGGUUCUUAGCAAAAGCAUUUCUGGUGUUUGCCAUCGUAGUGCGGAACGCGUUGGCGCAGUGUGACGCGAACUCACCGUACCGAACGUUCGAUGGUACCUGUAACAAUCUGCGAAAUCCGUCCUGGGGAGCUGCUAAAAUCCCGUACGGUAGGUUGCUGCCGGCCGAGUAUGGAGACGGUGUGUCCGUACCGCGUCGUUCGAGAACCGGAACUGAUCUGCCAAGUGCUAGGUUGCUGUCGCUGACGCUGUUCAACGAGCAGAACAUCCUGGACCAGAGGACUACCCUGGUGAACAUGCAGUUCGGUCAGCUGGUGGCUCACGAUAUGGGACUUCGUGCGGGAAGUUUUGAUACAAUAGCUUGCUGUCAAAAUGGACGAGUCGUCCCGAAUCCUGGUAGACGUUGCUUCCCAAUCCCGGUCCAACCGAACGAUCCCGUCCUGUCUGCCGGAAGGAUACAGUGUUUGGAUUUUAUACGCACCCUUAACACCUGCGAUGUCUCACCAGCUAGCUGUUCCAGCCGGCAACAGGCACAGCAGCUGAAUGAUGCCACAUCGUUCCUAGAUUUAUCGGUCGUUUACGGCAACAGUGCACAACAGAAUGCGCAGCUACGUGCGUAUGUCGGUGGUCGGCUGAAGGUGGACAAUCGCAAUGGGACAGAUUGGCCCCCGAGGCAUCCGCAGUCCAAUACGGCCUGUACGCUGAACAGUGCCACCGACACCUGCUAUCUGACCGGUGACGAACGCAGCAAUAUUACGCCGGAACUGACGAUCCUGCACAUAGCGUUCCUGCGGGAACACAACCGUAUCGCGCAACAGCUGUGCAAAGCCAGGCCCCUGUGGAACGAUGAGAAGGUGUUCCAGGAGGCAAGACGCAUCAACAUUGCACAGUACCAGCACAUCGUUUACUACGAAUGGUUGCCCUAUUAUCUCGGACCGGAUUACAUGUACCAGCGAGGGCUGCUGGUACGUAACUAUGUGAAUGAUUACAAUCCGUCCGUAGAUCCUACUGUGCUGAAUGAUCACGCUAAUGCUGCUUUCCGGUACUUCCAUUCUUCGAUUCUGGGUAGCCUGAGUCUUUUCCAGGAAUCACGAUCCUUUGCCGGUGCGAUCAACAUCAACGAUCAUAUGUUUAAUCCGACCGUACUGGAGCGAAACGAUGGAUACCGGAUGCUGACGCGUGGCAUGACGACGCAACCGAUGGGACGCAAUGAUCCGAGCUUUGAUCCGGAGAUUAGACACUUCCUGUUCCGAAUGCGCGAACGGUUUGGAACUGAUCUGAAGGCACUAGAUAUUCAACGGAGCCGCGAUCAUGGCAUACCGGGCUACAACACGUUCCGUCAGUACUGUGGCUUAGGGCGGGCCACCCGUUGGGAAGAUUUCGUGGAGCUGCGUGGACCAAGGGAUAUUCAACUCCUUAACACCCUCUAUCGCACCGUGGACGAUGUGGACCUUACCGUCGCUGAGUUCUUCGAGCGCCAUCUACCCGGUACACAGGCUGGCCCGACGUAUCACUGCAUUCUAAUGGAACAAUUCUUUCGCACACGGAAAGGCGAUCGGUUCUUCUUCGAGAAUGGAAAUGGACCGGGAGCUUUCACGGUGCCGCAGCUGAACGAAAUCAAGAAGGCAAGCAUUGCACGCAUACUUUGCCACAAUUCUCCGGGCGUUGUUCAAAUGCAGCGUCGCGCGUUCCAGCAGAUAGCGGACGUCAAUCCUUUGGUACCGUGCACGACGCUACCGGCACUAGAUGCACGUUUGUUUUAAAAUGGCUUUAUGAUGAGGAGAGGAAGCUAAAGUGAUUCGUUGUUUAAAAUAAAAUUAAAAAUGUCUUUUGGGUUAAUAAGCAACUUGAUCUGGAUUUUAUAAGAAUACUUCGAGUGGAAGAACAGAUCCGUGUAACUGAAAUUCUUUAUGCAUUUUUUUAAUAUUUCGAAUUUAUUUAUUAUAGAAAAAUGAAACUCAAUAAGAAAAUUCAUCCAGCCAAUAGCAGUCAAUUGAUAGCUCCACAAACCCCUCCGUUCUUUCCCUUCAGCUACAGCUUUGAUUAUCAACCAAUAGCCCCCUGAUCGAUGUAUCUUAUCGCAAAACGAGCUAAGAUUACGGUGCGAGCAGCUGUGAAUUAUUCGAAGCAGCUCAUAUGGGAUUUAGCGAAUGCAAGUUACGGAGCGCGUUGAUUUGUGUGAUUCAGCCAGCUUUACUGUGAAGCAGUGGUGAUGAUACAGUGCUCUGAAAAAAAUCUUAUCAAGAGUUUUAAUACGAAUACGCAUUGUACUCGCUUCAGUAAUUAUGUGCAGUGUUGUUUGCAGACGAAGGUGAGGUACGUGUAAGGGCAAACGGCUCCACUUUAAAUGCUCUCUUAUAGCCAAUUGCAUAGAUAAGGUGCUGUGAAACCACCGUUUACCGAUUAUCCAUGACAAGAAGAAUAAUAGAUGAUAAUGUGUAUUGAACAACAGUGCAUUGAGAGAGUAUACAUAUGAGAAGGUUAAAAAGGCAGUGUAAACUAAGCGAAGAGCUUGUGGGUGAUGACCCUCCAUAAGCUAUAAGGUGAGCUAAGCAGCAUGAAUACUUCACACACGUACGCUGAGUAUCCUGUAAAUAAGUCUACAACCAUGGAAUCAACCCCAAACAAAAUCACCAUGCCCCAAUCAUCGCCACAAACGACCUUAGCCAUUUUGCAUAACUCCGAUAAAGGGCGAUCCACCAUCCACGGUGACUCGUACCACCUGCGUGUUGCAAUGAUGAUCAUUCUUCGGGCAUACCGAAUGUACCAACUGGACAACGAUUUCUGCUUCCUGGUCGCCGUAGAGGUAGCCGCAGCUGGGAAAUUCGACGACAUACUGUUCCACUUCUCAUCGCCAGCACUCGGGUCCGGUACGAUGUUUAUACAGGCGAAACAUAAACAGUUUGCCGGUCGUGUCGUCGGUAAGGCAUCGAAUCGAGCUACUGUAGACGUGAAACAAAACGGUAGAUUAAAGCAAGCCGCACUAUGCACUGCUUGGGAUUCGAACGCAAGCUUUUCGAUCCCGAUGUACUUUGUGUCCUUUCUCGAGAUCGAUCAGCAUCUACCAAACGAUGCUCGGUACGUGCUGUGCACUAACGCUGGACUCGAUGGGAGCAUUGAGCGCUAUGCUACGAUCAUCAAUCCACAGCAAGAUAACGCUUUACUGUUCUGUGCAGAUAUAGGAGCGACGUGUUAUCAGUUCGCUGGAGACAAACCUUUCGUAGAGCUGAUCGAUACCUUGAAAGACUCGUGUUUCGCUAAACUAGGAAAGGUAUUUGCAGGGAGCAUCUUUGCUGGGAAGACAGUUACAUUCAAUGACACAUUGAUCGACACCUUCGACAGCUUCAUAAUGGCUUGUCUAGUGCCACAGAACGAAGAAACAAGCGACCGAUCAGUGAUCACUUGCAGGUUUAAUGAAGACUUUUUCAACGCAGAUGAUACCACACCAGCGGGAAAGUUUCGAGCGGCGUUUCAAAAAGAAUAUAAAUCAUUGUUUGUCAAAGGUAAAUUGAAACAAAAGGAUAACAUCUUGCAUGAGCUGGAAAUCAAGAUCGAUAGGGAUUCGCUUACGUCUGCUACAAACACACGAGAAGACGAGAUAUUUGCAAAGUUUGAUGAGAAAGUGCUCGAGUUUUAUGAUAAAUUUCUGCUUGUUUGUAAUUCUUCCAAUGAAGAAGAUCUACGCAUACAGGCGAUGAGCUUGUUACCACGGUGGUGUGAUACUGAACGUGGAACCGUAUUCGAUAAGCUGCAGGGAGUAUUGCUGGAUGCAUUGAAGAGUCCUUAUCCCGUCCCGUUGGACCUCACGUUUAUACAAAGAUGCUUCUUGAGUGUAGAGCUUGCGCCAAGCAUUACUAGCUUGAAAAGCUUCUCGGGAGAAUAUAUCAAGUCGGUACGCGUCAAACAUCAUCAAGUAGAAAUAGAUCAGGAGCGCUUGAAAAGUACAUCAUUAUAUAUGUUUCUCGACGGCAAGGCUGGCUGUCUAGUUUAUGAGUUUUAUAGUUCACUUGAUCAGUCGAUAAGCGCUCAUAUUUUGCUUCAAGUCCUAGCAUUAUUCAAACACGAAACAUUAUUUGUGGAUAGUGCAAAGUAUGCAGCAAAGCAAGAAAUGAUCGAUAUCCUUGAAGACUUGUUGUCCUAUCUCAAGGAUGUAAAUCAUCCUACCGCCAAAGUGGUAACAGUUCUAGGAAAAUACGAUCACAAUUCAAUUGAUGAGUUUAAAAAAUUAUCAGAAAAAUUUUGCUAUAAGAUCGUUGUAGUAGCGAAGGCGUCGGAAAGCCCACCGAAGGACGUAUCUUUACUGCGAUUUGCAGUCAAGGAUCUCACACACGAAGCUGCAAACCAGCUGUACAAGCAAACCGAUAGCAUGAUAUUUGGAACUGUUUCGUCACUGAGCGGAAUAGUGGACAACACAGACGAUUUGAGUUUUCUAAUCGCAGUAUUGAAGUUUGCUGAUCAGACUAUGGGAAUAAAAGAUCAUCAGUUAAAUGUGUUCAAUUAUGAAAAGAUCAAACACUGGUACAUUCAUCGGCGUAUUGUACCGUACGAAUGGAGCAUCUCGAAGAGGCAUUCGGUUCAUAGAUUCUAUCCCAAUAUGAAAGAGAUAGAGCUGGCGAUAGCCUCAUGCAACGCGGAACCCGAUCCUCCUGGUAUCGAACCGGGCAGCAGCAGCAAUGCAAAAGUGCAUAUCCUACUAAAUGAUGCUGGGUAUGGUAAGACGUCUUACCUGACCUGGCUAGCCUGGCAUUUGUCGGUUUAUGAUCGUACGCUGUAUGUUAUCAAGUUCAUCGCAAAUGAGUAUUCGACCGAUUUUGAACGGUUGGAAGGAAGCGAACUUCAAAGUCUUAGCGAUACAGAGAUCGUGCGGCUACUGUAUCGUUACAUUCAUCUAGCGCUGUUCGUGCCGAACGUUAACAAACGCACUAUUAAAGAAACCGAUCUAAACAGAGACGAGGCCGAUCGGUGUGCCAAGCUGCUGACGGUUUCAAACGGUCAAAUAGUGUUGGAUGUGGCUGCGGGACAAUCGUUGUCAACGAUCGAGCUGAUCGAGUUGCGACUGUUUCGUGAGAAGUUUAACCAACGCAAGCUGUUGCUGAUUCUUGAUGGGUUUGAUGAGAUUGCUCCAUAUUAUAAAGACGUGGUUAUGGAUUGUUUUGCCCGUUUUGCUCGACUCGAUGGAGUACGAUCGCUGUACCUGUCCAGCCGUCCUUAUGGGUUGGAAGAAGAUCUGAGGACAACGUUUACUAGCUGCUCCAUGUAUCAGCUGGAACCAUUUUCGAGGGAGAACAUUAUACUUGCGUUGUACAAAUUUCUCGUCAGCGACUUGGACGAUUACAAGAAUUGGGAGGAGGCACAUCGCAUCGAUGUGUUGCGUGACCUUUUCUACAGCAUUAUCGUGGAUGUAACCCAUGCACUAACUGUGCCACUGUUGCUGUAUAUGGUUCUGGUUAUCCUGCUGCCGGAGAUAAAGACACGGGUAGACAAACACUCACACCGGUUCGCGCCGACCAUGUUUAACAACGCAAAGUUUGGCAUUUUUCAACUAGUGCAAAGAUUCAUUGACAGAAAGAUCACAAUUCUGUACAUAGACAAAACCGGUACAACUGAUGCCGCCGUUAAGACGGCAACAGCCAAGAAAAACCUAGAGCGUUUGAGGAAAUACAUCAAGAAGCGGCACAUGCUGUUGGCCGUAUGCGCACUGUUCGAUGGGCACGAUCGAGAAGCGCUGCUGUCCAGCAAGGAACAGGACCGUGCGCUAGAGUCGAUGGAGGAGGUGAUUAAUGGUGAUGAAAAAACGGGACUCGUUCUUGGUGUACUGGGAGAGCGGCCGCAAUUUGUGCAUCGAAUAUUUGCCGAAUUUUUCACAGCUUGCUGGUUGUCCGCGAACCGGACCCGAUUCAGGCAGGAGCGUAUAUUUCAAUCGCAAUCCCUGUGGACUCCCGCCUUAAAGCAAACUCGCAAUUUUUUCGACUGUCUUAUAGUUAGCGAAAGCAAAGGGUGUAAUUUCCAUUGGGCAUUGGUGAACCAUUCCACUGCACAGGUUGUAAAACUGUUGCGCGAAACCCCGUCGGCUGUUACUGUGAAAGAUAAGGUUGGUCGGCUACCAUUGCAUUUGGUAGAGUACGUUUGUACGGACAACAUACUGCAGAAGCUACCGAGUGAGCUGGUGAACGAGCCCGAUGAACUGUUUGGUUGGAAUGCUUUGGAUUAUGCAUUUGUUCUGAAUGAAAGAACGGCUAUACAUUGUUUGCUGCAGAAGGGCGCCAAGCUUAAUGCAGAUACGGCUGUGUUUCAGCAGCUAUGUUCCAAUGAUUCUGAUGAACUACUUCAGCAAGGGAUACGAUAUGUUUCUUACCUAGAACGAUACGACCAUCCAACGGGCAUGGCAAAGAGGCUCUGUGAGCGGGUGGCUCGUUAUAUGAUUCACGAGCGAAAGGUGGAUAUUUAUUCUUCAAGGGUAAAGCUGAAUUCUUCAUCGAUGCUGGAAUAUUGUGUACAGGAGCAUAAUGUUUUAAUGCUCAGUCACAUCGUCAGGCAGUCCGGGGAGCCCUGCCAAGUUUUGGGCAGAUGUGCCGAUCGUUUGCUUGCAGUAUCCUUACAGGAGGAAGCUUACAGUAUUACCAAUUAUUUGCUCGAGCAACGCGUCUCUCUUUUGACCCAGCUUCACCGCAACGGACAACUAGUGGGUUGUGCUAAGCGUGCAAUUGAGAAAAAUCAAGUUGAAUUGUUUAGACAAAUUUUCCACGAGUUGUGUAUCCGCCUCAAGAUUUCAUGUGCAGAUGAAACCGACAUCAUUGAUGAAUUGGAUGUUGUUCAAUGCGAAGGUGAAAUACCAGAAUUUAAGAUUUUAGUUAAAUACUGUUGCUGCUCGAAAGGGUAUGAAUACGGUGAACAAUUCAAAUUAUUUGACAAAUACGAUCAAUACGAUGCGGAAUGUUUCUUGGCAACAGUGCUGGACGUCGGGAGCGUUAGUAUGAUUAGUUACGUGCUUCAAAAGCUGAAAAUGGACGUUACUAAAGCAUUAAUUAUGAAGCUUAUAAAAUUGCUACCAUUUUUCAAACGGUCCAGCCAUAACAAAUCCAUACCAGCGUUCAAAUGUCUUCUCAACAGGAUGAUCGAUCUGUACCAUGUCGAUCAAGAUGGACAAACAUUGUUGGACACGAUCGUUCAGGAUGGAUGCCUGUACAUGAUACAGUGCUUGAUUGAUAAAGGUUUUGAAGCGAAGCAGAUCAAUUAUAAGCAUCUUACAGGACUGUUAACCAACUACGGAAAAUAUUAUGCGGCCAAUCUGUUUGUGUACCUUCAACAAAAAUCGUAUGUGGAUUUCUUUAAAGCCUUUCACCCGACAGGGGAAAGUAUUUUUGAUGUCAUAAUCUAUAAGGGACAUUUUUUAUUAGCGCAAGCACUAAUUCAAGCUCAAUUCGGUACCCUUUUAAAUUCGGAAAAAGAAAAUGUGAUGAUGGAUCUACUUGAAGAAAUGCUAUUAAAAUACGGCGUAGAACACGUACUGGACAUGUUGAAUGAUUGUCACAAAAAUAGUGCCUCUCGUUGCAUUUUGGAAGAUAAGGAAUGGCAUCUAAUCUAUUCCUCGAUCCGGAAAAAGAUACCAAUUGUUUGAAUUGUUUGAUUGUUCUGGUACUUAUUUUAUUGUAAAUUCUUUUAAGUGAGACUUAAACUCGAACUCUACAAAAAUCUUCAUGCAAUUUAAAAACGGGGGAGUUUACUUUACAUCACUUAAGAAAAAAUAAAUAAAUCGCCAAAUCAUUAAACUUUUCUGCAGAAGAUGAAUGAAGCUGUUGUAUAAAUAUUUAUCUCACUUUUUAUUCAACGUUGAGAGCUUAAAGAAGUAGAGCAACGAAAGAAAGAUUCUCAAUAUUCAUAAAACCGAUAAAGUUAUCUUGUUGUUUAAAUUUGAUUUAUGCUAUUCAAGUAUACUACUAGGCAAAUGCUUCAAAAACAUUUUUAUUGUAAUUUAUAUUUUAUUAAGCAAUUAUUAAAUUUGAGUAUUGAAAUAUAUUAGUCAAUCGUUUGACCCAGGAAGUAUGAUAAAAGUUUUUCUUCCUUUUCUUGGCUAUAAAUGUUAAAAUACAUAAAAAACUGGAACUAUUAAUGAUAGUACUCUACCAUUUAGAUUAAAUUUUAUGCUCUCGAGGCUCACGAGAUGUUGGUCAAGAUGGUAGCCGUGCCGAACUUAACAGCGGCCUUAAAUGUGGGUGAGACAUGGCCCAUAGAGAACUAGAUAAAAAGUGCUCAAAAUAAUUUAAAACUCUAUCUUUUAUUACAAAUUUAAGUAAAACAUAAUUUCGAUAAAAUAAAAAUAAAAUUCUAAAAAAAAUUUUGCAAUG